AUGGUCCGUUUACAUAGCUCCGUCCUCCGCGGUGCUCUACGAACUUCUCCCACGCGCCCCGUUCCCGUCCCAUUCGCAGCUCGUCCCUCGCCCUCGUCCUCAUGUCUGCCCUCAACGACACGAUAUUUUGCCGCUUCGGCGCGAUAUCGCGCCAAUGAGACACAACAGGCUUCGUUCAAGAGUCAGCUGUAUGAGAGUACGCAGCAGCGGUUGAAGCGCGAGCGGGCGGAGCAGGAGCGGUAUGCGCAGUAUCAGACUCAGUCCUCGGGGAGUCGGUAUGCGGCGAUGAUGUUUGCUAUCAUCUUUUUCUCAACCGGCGCCUACUACCUUGGUUCUCUCAAACCCGCCGCUCUCCCAACCUCCUCCACCACGUCCCUCGCAGACCUCACCCCUCCUCAGCACAAUGUCUCCGAAUCCAAUCUUCAGGCAGCGUGGUCUGAUUUCGUCGAGAUCCUCGGCAAAGAUCAUGUCUCCACAACCCCAGACGACCUCGAAGGUCACGCCGGCUCAGACUGGUCCUCGUAUACUCGCAAGCACGACGAAAAACCAUUCCUGGUCCUCUAUCCCUCCACCACCGAGGAAGUCUCCCGCAUCAUGAAAGUCUGCCAUCAGCGCGUCAUCCCCGUCACACCGUAUUCGGGCGGGACCAGUCUGGAGGGCCACUUUGCGUCCACGCGCGGCGGCGUGUGUAUUGAUUUCAGUCGGAUGAAUCGCAUCCUGGACCUGCAUAAGCGCGAUCUGGACGUUGUGGUGCAGCCCGCGGUGAACUGGGAGGAGCUGAACGAGCAAUUGGCGGUGGAUGGCUUAUUUUUCCCGCCGGACCCGGGUCCCGGAGCGAUGAUCGGCGGAAUGGUGGGUACGGGCUGCUCGGGGACGAAUGCGUAUCGCUACGGAACGAUGCGCGAGUGGGUGCUCUCGUUGACGGUCGUCUUGGCCGACGGCACCGUGAUCAAGACCCGUCAGCGUCCGCGCAAGUCCAGUGCCGGAUAUGACUUGACCAAGCUCUUUAUCGGCAGCGAGGGAACCCUCGGCCUAGUCACCGAGGCCACUCUGAAAUUGACCGUCAAGCCGGCGAGUCAGAACGUGGCCGUGGCCAGUUUCCCCAGCAUCCAGCAUGCAGCCGAAUGUGUGACGCAUGUCGUGGAAGCAGGGAUCCCCGUCGCCGGUGUCGAAAUCCUCGACGACGUCCAGAUGAAGUGCAUCAACGAGAGCGGUUCAACCACCCGUGCCUGGAAGGAGGCACCCACGUUAUUCUUCCGUUUCGCGGGGACCCCCGCCGCGGUCAAGGAACAGAUCUCCAUGGUACAGAAGAUUGCCUCCAAGACGUCGGGCAAAUCCUUUGAGUUUGCCCGCGGCGAGAGUGAGAUGGCCGAGCUGUGGAGCGCUCGCAAGGCCGCUCUGUGGAGUGUGAUGGCCAUGCGCCGCAAUUCAGAUGACCAUGUCUGGACUACGGAUGUGGCCGUCCCCAUGAGCAAGUUGCCGGAUAUCAUCGAUGCUACCAAGGCGGAUAUGACGCGCAGCGGGCUGUUGGCGGGUAUCUGUGGCCAUGUGGGUGAUGGUAAUUUCCACGCCAUCAUCCUCUUUAGCGAGAAAGAAAAAGAGAUUGCCGAGGGUGUCGUCCACCGUAUGGUCAAGCGUGCCGUGGAGAUGGAAGGUACCGUGACAGGCGAGCACGGCGUCGGUCUAGUCAAGCGAGACUAUUUGAGUCACGAGUUGGGCGAGUCCACCGUGGACGCUAUGCGACGGUUGAAAAUGGCAUUUGAUCCUCUACGCCUGCUCAACUGCGACAAGGUCGUGCGGACGGAGCAACCCGCGCCAGGCGAGGUCAAGGAAUGGUAG